AUGCUGUCUCUGUGGGCCGGGGCCAUCUUCCUUUGCGGAUAUAUUGUCAUCCGCGGAUUCUUCUCGCCCCUGUCUACGAUUCCGGGCCCUUGGUAUACUCGAUUUACAAGUUGGUGGCUUAAGUAUCAGGAGUUCACUGCAAACCGACGAGAAUCAAUCCACCGCUUGCACAAGGUCUAUGGCCCUGUCGUUCGUCUGGGUCCCAACGAAGUAUCGUUUACCAGCCUGGAUGCGAUCAAAGAGAUCUAUGCUUCCGGGGGUAGCGGGUAUGACAAGACUGAGUACUAUGAUCUUUUCAGGCAGUUCAAGAUCAAGACAAUGUUUUCUACUUUAUUGAAAGACGAGCAUAGCAAAAGAAAACGCAUCUUUGCCGACAGGUAUGCCAUGACGAAUAUCAUGAAAGAAAAGCCCAUGGCUGCUAUCCACGAACGGGCCAUGACAUUUGUUUCUAAAUGUGUCGAGGCUGGCCAAAAGAGUGUGGACGUUUACUCCUUGCUUCACUGUUAUGCCCUGGACUGUGUCACUCACUUUAUGUUCAGCCCCGGCGGCCUCAGAUCUCUCAGCAUAGCCGAAGACUACGAAAUCAUGCACGAACUGACCUAUCACCAAAGUCUCCAAAAAAAUCUCCUGGAGUACUACCUCCCUUCAUUAGCACCCUAUUUCCCAAAAUUCCUCCACGCCCGCAGCGCCCCAAAAGCAAACCAAUACGUGAUAGACAUGGCCGCCCAAAUCAAGCUCGACGGCCACUCCCUAAUGGAAAAGCUCAAACGCAAAGAAUCAAACCUGGAACUAAUGCAAGCUGCCGCAGAAUGCAAAGACCACAUGGCAGCCGGCAUCGACACAACGGGCGAUGGUCUGUGUUUCUUAAUGUGGGAGCUCUCACAGCCUCAGAACCGCUGCUUCCAGCACCGACUUUACAGAGAGCUUACCGCUGCGCCUGCCAACACACCCUUGGAUAGCUAUAUGUAUCUCGACGCUGUCAUUAAAGAGGCGCUGCGGUGUGCGCCGCCUAUUCCGAUGUCGCUGCCUCGCUAUGUACCUGCUGGUGGAAGGGAGAUCGAUGGGUUCUUCGUUCCGGAAUAUACUAUCGUUAGCUGUCAGCCCUAUUCGGUGCAUCGGAUGGAUGAUAGUGUCUUCCCUGAGCCUGAUCGUUUCAAUCCUGAUCGGUGGCUUGUUGAGGAGGGUGCUGCUGAGCGGAAUAGGCUUUUCUUUUCAUUUGCUACGGGUGGAAGGGGGUGUACAGGGAAAAAUCUUGCACUUGUUGAGAUGAAGAUGCUGCUUCGGGAAGUGUAUUCUCGUUAUCAGACGACGGUGGCUUCGGAUAUGACCGCUUCGAUGAAGCUGGAUGAUCAGAUUAUCUCUUCGAGGCCCAAGGGGCAGAGCUGCAAGCUGGCCUUUACAGCUAUAGAGAAUCCAAACACCUCCACCCACCGAAAUCCCACUCCACCACAAUCCAGCAAUAUGGCGAUCAAACCCGACCAAUCCACCUGUCGCUUCUCCAAGCGAAUCUCUUUCCGAUGGCUGACAACGCCCGCCGAGGAAACGACUGAUACAAUCGUGAUGUCCGUGAAGGACUGGUACGUUGAUCUGCGGAUCGAAACGGUAACAGGCAAAAUAGACUGGGCGAUUGCCGGGCAGAGGAUUGUGGAGAGUCAGGAGCCCUUGCGGGUGACCUUCUCCCAUGAGCUUGACUCUCACAAUGCGUUUGAGACCAUUGAUUGUGGGACCUUUGUCCCGCUGCCAAACGGGGAUGCUCUCGAGAUGGGGUCGAUGCCUCGUCAUGAUCUCCCCGGUGCACCUGACAAAGAGUAUGAGGAGGUAUGGCGGGAAUUGCCAUUCAGAGAGGGGCCCGAGGGGCCUAAGAAAGGUCUUUCGUGGGUGCUGGAGUCGGAUGAUGGAGAUCUCGGCAGUGAGGAAGGCGAAGUGACGGUUACGAAGACUUUUAUCGGUCGCAUCUGGGGAACGUAUUUGGCACUGCGCCAGAUGCAGACUCAUACGCGACAGAAGACUCCUUCUGGUGAUCUGGUUGUUAAAAAGUCCGGUGCUGAUGUUAGUGCUAGAAGAGAAGAAUGGGAAUCAGGGUGGAAGGAGAGGUAUCUGGUUGGCGAAGCUGCAGGGGUUUUGCCUUCGAUGGUGGUCGGGUUUGAUGGAGAGGGAGUGGGAUCUUGGAAAGUACCGGGGGAGAAGGUACAAGUUCAAGGAAAGACGUACAUCGUUCGAGCUUUCGAGCAAAUUGAGUAG